GACCAUUCAUGCAAUAUAUCCACCAUUCAACUUUUUCGCGGAGAUGUUCAAAAGGUGAAAAGAUCGCAAAUGGAAAUUUGUUCAUAAUUUUCUUGGUUUUGUACUCCCACGAUUGAGUUCUGAUCUGUAACGAGAAAAGUCCAACAACUGAAUCCCAAAGGAAUAGUUUGAAAUCAAUUUAGUUGAUUACUGCCAAGCGUUUAGAGUGCUAAAAUAUCAAGUCGCCGGUUCUGUUAUUUUUUAAUGAGUCUCCCAAGGCACACACUUGCUAUCCAAGCUCUUUACCGAAGAGUUUUGAAAUUGCAUAGGAAACUUCCUUUAGAGAUUAAGGCUCUUGGAGAUCAGUAUGCCAAAGAUGAGUUUCGCCGACACAAGAAAGCAUCACAAGAACAGGCUGUUAGAUUUAUGCAAGAGUGGAAGAUAUAUGCAGACACGAUAGAACAGCAAGUAAACUCACAGCAGCUGAACGUUUUAGGAAAGGAUUUGAAGGACGAACACAUUGAGAGUCUCACAGAGGAACAGCUGGGCCAGCUUUACUCUUUACAAGAAGCUGCAUUAAAACCUGACUCUUCUGAGCCAAGGGACAUCUAAUAACUCGCUCUUCUCAUAAAGCGUGUGGGAGAAGAACGAAGAAAAAACUGAACCACAGAGGGGCAGGUGCUUUGAGAGGUUUGAACCUUUCUUCCACCUUUUUUCUCCUGCUUUGGGCUGCCAAAACUGGAUAUGCAUAGAAACUAGAAAAAGAUGAGGGUAGACACACCCAUUCGGUGACCACUCCCCUUUUUCCUUUUUGGAAAACUAGAUCUGUCCGUCUCUGGCAUAAUUUCCUGCAGUAUUGGUGCUAUACUAGCCUCUUUUUCUACUAAAAAGCAGUUCUUCUUGACCAACGGCCAGUUUAUUGCUACCUUGUUGAUUCUUUUUUUCAACAUAAUAUAUAGCUUAAACAAA